ACUGAGCAGUUAACGUAACAUGUUGUAAUGAAUGUCUUCCUUUAACUGCGGUCCAGACCUCUGUGACAGUGGACCGUGUGUUAACGAGGGAACUUGCAUUGAUGUACCCGGCGGAUUUACCUGUCAGUGCCCGGCUGGCUACGACGGACCAACAUGUGACAGCGUUGCUCGCUGCUUGCUUACCAAUGACCAAUCGGAUGUUCUGAUUGUGGUAUCGGUCGAGCAGGCUGUAUACCUUCCUGGUGACUUGAUUGAGUAUGGUUGCCCUGACGGAUAUCACCUCAGCGGGUCCGCCACGAGAUAUUGUCGGUCAGACUUCUCGUGGUCCGGACAUGAGCCUGAAUGCGUCAUGGAAGAUCGGGCUUCUACUGCCCACUGCGUGCUCACCCUCAACUCAUCCGAUGUCCUCACGAUAGUAGCAGGUCAGCAGGCUGUAUACCGUCCUGGUGACUCGGUCGAGUAUGGUUGCCCAGACGGAUAUCAUCUCCGUGGGUCCGCUACCAGGAUCUGCCAGGCGGAUUCAAAGUGGUCCGGGCAGCCAGCAGAGUGCCUCAUGACGAGUUUGAGAAGUGAUGGUCGUGCAGUACCUGUGGUACCCAUUGUCAGUGGUAUAGGGGUGGUCAUCUUCUUUGCUGUAGUUCUGGCCAUUGCUAUCACUGUCUUCAUACGCAAGAGGACAGCUAGUUACGGGGACGAGUUGGUUAACACUCCUGACGUCGCAUACCGUACCUCCAAGGAUCUCUUCAUGGGGGGAACAUAUGCAGAAGCCAAGGAAGCCACCAAUGAACCAAUCUACCAGGACUCCAUUCUCUAG